UUUUACAUAAUGAUGAUAAUGAUUAUGUACAUAUGUAUAUAUUUCGUACCUUUAUUAAUAAAAUAUAAAUAUACAAUUUUAGAAAAAAUAAAAAAUAAAUUACCAAGCAAUAUUAUUUCAAACAAAAUUGCUUGAAAGUUUGUUUUGCUUGAUCUCAUAAAACUUAUGUUUUAUGUUCUAUUUAGGACAAUUUGUUAUUGGAUAAUUUAUUUUUAAGACAAUCUGUAUCUUUGAAUUUUCCAUUACUCAAAUUUUAUUUUAUCUAUAGAUAAUGAUAUUACCAUAUUGUUAAUAAGUGUUUUUUAUGUUAA